AUUCAAAAAGACCUAUUUCUUGUGAUCAGGAUUAACAGUGUUUGUGGGGGUUAGUGGGGGUUCCUAUCACAAAGAUUCGAAAAUAACAUUAACAAUCUCGUUUCGAUAAUACACGAAUAAUGUUUGCCCAGUUUCAGUCGGAAUUUAGCAUGGCAAGAUAACACUCCUGUGCUAGCAAUAAUCCAUUAAAUUCAGAGUUCAACGUAUACUCAAUAAAGGUUAAGGAAGGUGAACGAAUUAGUUUCCAUAAUGGCGAAGUCUAGUAAUAAAGAGAAGAAGCCAUUACGGAUAUCCAUUGGCAAUGUCAAUCCGCGAAAGAACUUGCCACUUAACCGAGUGACAACCACCAAAUACACCUGGCUUACUUUUAUCCCAUUGAAUUUUUACGAGCAAUUCCGAAGAGCCGUCUACUUUUACUUCCUCAUUAUCACCAUUAUAUCGUUUUUCGUUAAUAUUACUCUAUCUCCUUUGGUAUCACUCCUGCCCCUGUUGUUCGUGAUGAUCGUAACGGCACUUAAGGAAGGUCUGGAGGACUAUGCUCGAUCGAAAAAUGAUAAAAUUGUUAAUAAAUCUCAAGUGACUGUUAUACGCAAUGGCAAUGAAGAACACAUCAAUUCGGAAUUUAUUGUGCCGGGCGAUAUUGUGGUGGUGACUAGUGCCAGUGAUGUAACAUGCGAUUUGUUAUUGCUUCACACAUCUGGAGCAGAAAAGAUGUGCUUUGUCAAUACAGCUAACUUGGAUGGCGAGACGAAUCUGAAAGCGAUCCAUAUUCCACACAACUUUACAUACGAUAUUAAUGGACAGAAUCUGGACAAGGCUUGCAUUAUUUGCGAACCAUCGACAUCUGAUCUUUAUCGAUUUAAUGGACGCAUUGAAUUCGAAACGACAGUGGGAAUCGAAAGCAAUCCUGGACCAAUACCGCUAGAAAUCGAUAACCUCUUAUUGCGUGGUGUACGAAUCAAGGGCCAGGGCCGGGUCCUGGGCUGUGCCGUUUACACGGGCAUGUCGACAAAGCUGCAACUGAACAGCCGUUAUACGGGCAACAAGUCAGCAUCCAGCGAGAAAUACAUUAAUAAAUUUAUUAUAGCGCUCAUUGUGGGAAUGGUAGCUGUUGUGCUUAUACUCUAUAUGAUCGAACGGCAGAAAGCGGCUAAGGUUUAUCCGUCUAUGUACUACUUGGGACCACCAAUUGACUACAACAAAAUUUUGCAAAUAUUUGAGGACUUUCUAUCGUUUCUUAUUUUGUUUAACUAUAUGGUGCCGAUUUCGAUGUAUAUGAAUAUUGAGUUAUAUCGGGUUUUCGGCGCCCUCUUUAUGAAAUCCGAUCUAGAACUAUACGAUGAGAAGACCGAUCAGCCCUGUGCAGUAAAUGCAUCUAACUUGAAUGAAGACUUGGGCCAAAUUAAUAUACUGUUCUCGGACAAAACAGGCACUUUAACCAAAAACCAAAUGAUAUUUGUUAAGUGCUUCACUGCUGGCAAAAACUAUCAUUUACAGAACAUUCAAUUGUAUUGUCCCGAUGAUAAUGAAACCUAUGAACUGGGCAUGAUGAAUAACGAGACUAUGGACUUUUUUGUGGCAUUGGCUCUGUGCCACACCGUAGAUAUUUUGGAUAGUUGCGAUGAAAAAUCCGGAGAAACCCUACCUGAGCUCGAAAACCUAAUACCAAGUGAAAUUAUUAGUAGAUACCAAGCAUCUAGCCCCGAUGAGAAAGCCAUACUGGAAGGCUGCGCCAAAUUGGGUUUGAUUUUCAAAGACAUUACCGAUGAUCAGAUUCGACUAGGUCGUAUCUUUAGUGGCACGAAUGCCAGCGAUUUGCAAUUUGAACGCCUACACGUGCUCGAGUUUAGCUCGGAGAGAAAACGAAUGAGCGUUAUCAUACGGGAUGAGAGCGGUGUGAUCUGGCUUUACAUCAAAGGUGCCGAAUCUUCGAUUCUACCGCGCUGUAAUCCAACUUCGCUAAUUGCUCAAACGGAUGAGCAAAUCACUAAAUAUGCCAAGGAGGGUCUUCGUACCCUAGCGGUAGCCAGGCGAACUCUCACCGAAAGCGAAUAUGACGCAUUUGUUGCAUCCUGCGAUAAUAUCAAUAUUCAACUAAACAAUCGACAAGAACUUCUUGCAGAAUGUUACCAGAGCAUUGAAGUAGGACUUGAUCUGCUGGGUGCUACGGCAUUAGAGGAUACCCUAGAGGAUGAAGUUGAUGACACAUUGACUGCAUUGCAGGAAGCUGGCCUAAAAAUAUGGGUACUAACGGGCGACAAGGUGGAAACGGCUUUUUCCAUUGGCAUGGCAUGCAAACACAUACCACAAGUGGCUGAAGUACACUUUCUUAUUGGCAUAACCGAUCCGUCAGAGCUGGAAAAGCGAUUGAGUCAGCUUGAACUUGGCAUCGCUUCGGCAACGUCUAAACCCACUUGUCUGGUAAUCGAUGGAACAACUGUGUCUGCACUUUUAUCGCACUUGCCAGAGCAAUUCACUGAAGUGGCACUAAAAUGCCAGGCUGUGCUCUGCUGUCGCCUGAGUCCACUUCAGAAAAGCGAAAUAGUCAUGCGUAUUAAGAAGACAGGCAAACAUAUCACAGCAGCCAUUGGUGAUGGUGCCAAUGAUGUGUCCAUGAUCCAAGAGGCCCACAUUGGCAUUGGCAUAUACGGUGUGGAGGGCAAACAGGCAGCCCGAAGUGCUGACUACGCAAUUGCCAAAUUUAAAAUGCUUCAGCGCUUAUUACUGGUACAUGGUCAUUACAAUACGGAGCGACUGGCAUUUAUGGUGCUUUUCUACUGCUAUAAAAAUAUUAUUAUCACUGGUUGUAUGGCGCUAUUUCAAGUAUAUGACUUGUAUUCGGCUACUUCUGUGUAUAAUGAAUUGUUCCUAUGGCUAUUCGAUAUUAUUUACAUAUCCGUUAGUUUCACGUAUUUGGCCAUGUCCGACAAACACUAUAACGAAAAGACAUUGUUACGAUUCCCAACACUCUACAAGGGAAUUUCCCACAACCAGCUAACCUCUUGGAAAAUAUUCACGGUAUGGAUUAUUAAUGGCGCCCUUCAGUGUUUCACUAUCUUUUACUUUGCGUAUGCAGUUUUAAAUGACAAUAAUGUUGUCUUUAACAACGGGCAAACUGCCGACUUUUCAACAUUUGGAACUAUGCUUAUAAUGGUACUCGUUAUUGUGGGCAACUUAAAGAUCGUUCUGGUUUCACACUACAUGAGCUAUCUGAACUUUGUAUUUAUUGUUGCAUCAAUAUUUGCAUUUAUCUUAAGCACAUAUCUCUACAAUUUAUACACUGGCAGCAGUCUUUAUCACGUCUACAGCAUGUUUUUAAGUUCACUUCCCAUAUGGCUUUAUAUUAUUAUUUGUACGGUAACAUGCUUGCUGCCCGAUUUUCUUAUGAAGGCUGUAUACGAUAUGUUUUUAGAUCCGCCAAAGUUGAAAGUUGAAAAGCUGAAAAGGGUAAUUUAAAUAAUAUAAAUAUCUGAAAGCAAAUCGUCAUUGAUAAUUUUACUCACAUAUCGUGUUUGGUACGUGAUCGAGAUUUAAAAAAUGUUUUUCGUAAUGUACAUUUUGAAUUUGGUGAUUUCCCUUAUAAAGAAACAAAGACAAAUUUGAGCAACCGUGCUGAAA